AUUCCAAACCUUAGAAAUAAGUUUGAGAUUUAUCCAAAAUUUUAUGUGCUAUAACUUUAACUCUCCAUAUUUUUAGUUAGGAGACAAAAAAUUUUGGAAAGUAAAUUUACGUGUGUCUUCAAAAUUUCGUAUUUUUUGCAAAGUAAAUUUUGGAUAUUAGACGAGAAUGAGAUAAAAGAAGUUGGAAAGCGAGGGAAGUGGUGAGUGUACGAGGCAAGGAUGGCUUUGUUGCUGCAUUCUCCCUUUCUCCCCUCUCUCUCUCUCCGCUCACAUCUCCACCCGAACCCUAACCCUAACUCUGCUCCCCAUCGUUUCUUCCUAUUCGUUAUUCCCGUCACUUUUAAUGCCGCUUUCCGAUUCUCCGCUCACCAUCGUCUGCUUCCAUCGCCCUCCCCUGCCAUCCCCUGCCGUCAUUCCUUACUAACAACCCCUCUUCAGCUGCCGGGGGCUGCUCUGCGCCUCGCCGUUUCGGUGCUGCUGUUUCUCUGCUUCAGCUUCUGCCUCGGCGGCGUUCGAGCUUGUUCGGCAUCUAUGCCCUCUGUUGCCACCGCUGCUUCCUCCGUUAACGAGGAUCAAACGGUUCAAGAUGAUGGCGAUGAAAGAAAACAGGGUAAUGAAGAAAAUCUGGAACUAGAAGCAGCUUUUAAUACUUGGAAAUCCAAAACAUUUGCAUUGACUGUUCCUUUGAAAGUUGUUGCUCUACGCGGUUCUCUGCCUCCUUCGUGGAUCAAGGACUUCAUAAAUUCUCAAGGAAAGAGAUUAAAGUUUAAUGUGAAGUAUCAUGCCAGUCUUGAUGGUAUCUUUUCUGAGCUAUCAAUUCCUUUUACUAAAGGAAAUCUCGGGCCUGCCUCUGCUUUGGCAGCAGAUAUUGUUGGAAUUGGUGAUUCAUGGCUUAAAGUUGCCAUUAAAAAAGCUAUAAUUGAGCCAAUAAGGGAUGUAGAAGAUCAGGAUUGGUUUAAAGGCUUAGAUGAGAAAUGGAAGGUAUAUCUACGCAGGAACUGUGAGGGAGAAAUGGAUCCUAAAGGUGACAUAUGGGCGGCUCCGUAUAGAUGGGGCUGCAUGGUAAUAGCAUACAAGACAAAUAAAUUUCAAAAGCAUAAGUUGGCUCCUAUAGAGGAUUGGGAAGAUCUGUGGCGGCCUGAUCUUGCAGGGAAAAUUGCAAUGGUUGAUUCUCCUAGAGAAGUUGUUGGUGCAGUUUUGAAGUAUAUGGGGGCUUCCUACAAUGCAAAGAAUAUCAACUUGGAAGUCAAUGGUGGGAGAGAUGCUGUCAAGCUCAAUUUGGCAUUGCUUGCAAAACAGGUCCGAUUGUUUGAUAGUGUAAACUACCUAAAAGCUUUUGGAGUUGGAGACGUGUGGGUAGCUGUUGGAUGGAGUAGUGAUGUUAUCCCUGUUGCUAAGCGCAUGUCUAAUGUUGCAGUUAUUGUUCCAAAGUCUGGAGCAAGUUUAUGGGCGGAUCUCUGGGUAUGUCUCUUUUAUGCGUUGUCUCCAAUAUCUUUUUAAAAAUUGUUAGCAAAUGUAUCAUGCUAUUCUGAUGUAUUGAUCUAAUUCGAAAAAAUAUCAUUAAUCAUGAACUUUAUUUCCCAUUAGACAAUAAUAGGUCACUAGGAAUAUAUGAUCUUGUUUUUCUUUUGUUAU